AUGCGAAAAAUAAUCAAUUUGUUGGAUUUGAAGGGCGCCGGCGAGGAGGGCAUCCGAAACUCGUGGACCGUCGUCACCGGCGAUCAGCUCAAAUCGUUCAAGACCGCCGAUUGGGACCAACUCCUCAAACAUCACAACAUCGUGUUCGCUCGCACCGACGCCGUCCAGAAGCUCGAAAUCGUGCAGGAGGUUCAAGCGCGCGGCGAGACGGUCGCCGUCACCGGCGGCGGUGUCGACGACGCGCCGGCGUUGGCGCACGCCAACGUCGGCAUCGCGAUGGGCCAAAGCGGAAGCGACAUCGCGAAACAGACGGCCGACAUCGUGUUGCUCGACGACAAUUUCGCCUCGAUUGUGAUGGGCAUUGAAGAAGGACGACUGCUGUUCGACAAUCUGCGCCUCUCAUUGGCCUACACGUUCGCCCAUUUAUGGCCGGAGGUCUUUCCGAUCAUGCUCUCGUUUAUGCUCGGCCUUCCGCACGGUUUGUCGCCGUUGCAGAUUCUUUCAGUGGAUUUGGCGUCCGAAAUGCCGCCGGCAAUUUCGCUCGCCUAUGAGCAACCCGAAAACGAUAUAAUGCAUACACCGCCGCGGUCUCGAACCGCCCGAUUACUGUCGAAGAGUCUUUUGGUUUAUGCUUACGUUCUUGCCGGAUUUGGCAUCACAAUCGGCUGCCUUGCCGCUUACUUGAGCGUUUACACCUAUCAUAAUAUACCAAUUAGUGAUAUUUUGUUCACCGCCGAGCAUCAUUGGAAAGUUGGCGCCAUGAAUUUCACCACCAGCGAGGGCCUCGUGUUCGAUGAGCAGCAACAAUUGAUCAUUAAGGGACAGGCGGCGGCUGCCUGGCAAAUCACUUUAGUCAUGUCACAGGUCUUCCAUUUGUACAAUUGCACGACGCGACGCGUUUCCGUGUUCCGGCAUGGCCUCACAAAUAUCGUUAGCAUCUUUGCGGUUCUCAUUGAGGUCCUGCUUCUCCUAAUGUUCGUCUACACGCCGGUUUUUCAAUAUAUCAUGGAUAUUCACACACCGCCAGCCCAUGUAUGGGCAAUCGCGCCAAUCGUCGGCUUAUACCUGCUAGGAUUCAAUGAGAUGCGCAAAUAUCUCAUUCGCAAUUUUCCCAAAAACAAUUUAGUUCGUUUAAUUAAAUGGUAG